CGUACCGUGCUUCCUGUUGUAAUUUUCUUCCUUUCCUCUUUCACAGCUCACAUCUGGGAUGAACUUGUUUCCUCUGACGUUUAACUUGAAGUUGAUCGGACGAUGAUGUGACGCCGCUGAUGUCCUCCAUGUCGAGGAAAAGUGAAUUCAGCAGGAUGAGUCAGAGUGAGGACAGAGAGGAGGAAGCCCCCUCCUCUAAAACCAGCCUGCGAGGGAAACAUGGGAGCCAGAACAAAGUCCAAAGGUGGCUGUCCUCCUCCUGCCCCAACCUGGAAGAAGACUCACCUUUAUCUCGACGCAGCCAUGUGAACAGUGACCAGUCCGCGGAGGAGCCGGUUGUUUUCAAGUUCCCGACCUCAGGUGUGAAGGACAGGGCAGGAGGCAGCUGUUUCUCUAUCAAGACUGACUCGUCCAUGGAGCCACCUCAGUUUCAUGAGGAUUCAGACUGGGAGUUAACUCCGUCUUCCAUCACCAUCCUGCGACCAGACUCACCUUCAUCUGAACGCAGCCAUGUGUCACUGAAGAGCGACCAGUCCAUGGAGAUGCCGGUUCAUUUUAAGACGACCCGGAGUGUGAAGGAGAACAGAGGAGGCAGGUGGUUUUUAACUCCGCCUCCCAGCACCACCCUGCCACCAGACUCACCUUCAUCUGAACGCAGCUUUGUGUCACUGAAGAGCGACCAGUCCAUGGAGAUGCCGGUUAAUUUUAAAAGGAUUCCUCAGAUACCAGACUCAUGUGCAGCUGGACCAGUUCCUGGACCAGAACCUGAACCCAGCUGGGUGUCCAUCAGAAUUGACGAAUCCAUGGAGCCACCGAUAUUCUCUGCUCCAAACAAGAGGAAGCUGGAACAACGAGGUGAUCUGGGACCCAAACACCAAAGACUGCUCACGGAGGGCGAGCGGACCUACAGACAUCCAAGAGACAAACAGGAGAGUUCAGAGGUUCCCAGUGGUCAGUCCACCCAGCGGCAUCAAAUACACCUGGACUCUGUAUUUACGGAGCUGGAGGAGAACAUCGUCACCUUCGUGAAGAGCGAGCUGAAGAACAUCCAUAAGGGCCUGAGUGCAGACGAACCAGAAUGCUUCGACAGUCAGGGGGAGAAUGAGGAGGUGUUGGACGGGGAGGACGAAGAGCAGAGGAGGAGCAGCAGAGAGUCGUUUCUGAAUAUCACAAUGAACUUCCUGAGGAGGAUGAAGCAGAAGGAUCUGGUGGACUGUCUGCAGAGCGGAUCCCGCGCUCCACUCUGUCAAGGAAAACUUAAAUCUAAGCUGAAGAAGAAGUUCCAGUGUGUGUUUGAGGGAAUCAGGAAAGCAGGAAACCCGACGCUCCUGAAUCAGAUCUACACAGAUCUCUACAUCACAGAGGGCGGGACUGGAGAGGUCAACGGCGAACAUGAGGUCAGACAGAUUGAAACAGCGUCCAGGAAACCAGACCGACCAGAAACAACCGUCAGACAGGAAGACAUCUUUAGAGCCUCGCCCGGAAGAGAGCGACCGAUCAGGACGGUGAUGACGAAGGGAGUGGCUGGCAUUGGGAAAACUGUCCUGACGCAGAAGUUCACUCUGGACUGGGCCGAAGACAAAGCCAACCAGGACAUACAGUUCAUGUUUCCGUUCACUUUCCGAGAGCUGAAUUUGCUGAAGGAGAAAAGGUGCAGCCUUUUGGAACUCAUCCACGACUUCUUCAGUGAGACCAAGGAAGCAGGAAUCCGGAGGUUUGAAGAGUUCCAGGUCGUGUUCAUCUUUGACGGUCUGGACGAGUGUCGACUUCCUCUGGACUUCGACAACGCUGAGAUCCUGACCGAUGCCACAGCCUCCACCUCAGUGGACGUGCUGCUGACCAACCUCAUCAGGGGGAAACUGCUGCCGUCUGCUCGCCUCUGGAUAACCACACGCCCUGCAGCAGCCAAUCAGAUCCCUGCUGAGUGCGUUGACGUGGUGACCGAGGUCAGAGGCUUCACUGACGAACAGAAGGCGGAGUACUUCAGGAAGAGGUUCAGACAUGAUGAGGAGCAGGCCAACGGGAUCAUCUCCCACAUCCAGACUUCACGAAGCCUCCACAUCAUGUGCCACAUCCCGGUCUUCUGCUGGAUCACAGCCACAGUUCUGGAGGAUGUGUUGAAAACCAGAGAGGGAGGGGAGCUGCCCAAGACCCUGACGGAGAUGUACAUCCACUUCCUGGUGGUUCAGUCCAAACUGAAGAGGGUCAAGUACGACGGAGGAGCUGAAGCGGAUCAACACUGGAGUCUGGAGAGUAGGAAGAUGAUCGAGUCUCUGGGAAAACUGGCUUUUGAGCAGCUGCAGAGAGGAAACCUGAUCUUCUAUGAAUCGGACCUGACGGACUGUGGCAUCGACAUCAGAGCGGCCUCAGUGUACUCAGGAGUGUUCACACAGAUCUUUAAAGAGGAGCGAGGCCUGUACUGGGACAUGGUGUUCUGCUUUGUCCACCUGAGUGUUCAGGAGUUUCUGGCUGCUCUUCAUGUCCAUCAGACCUACAUCAAGUCUGGAUUCAAUCUGAUGUCAGAGGAACAAACAACCUCCCAGACACACUUCUACCAGAGGGCAGUGGACGAAACCUUGAAGAGUCCAAACGGACACCUGGACUUGUUCCUGCGCUUCCUCCUGGGCCUUUCGCUGCAGACAAAUCAGACUCUCCUACGAGGCCUGUUGACACACACGGGUGAAGGCUCGUGGACCAACCAGGACACAGUCCGGUACAUCAAGAGGAAGAUCGAGGAGACGACGUCUGCGGAGCAAAGCAUUAACCUGUUCCACUGUCUGAACGAACUGAACGACCGUGCUCUCGUGGACGAGAUCCAGCGCUAUCUGAGGUCAGGAAGUUUCGGCACAGGCGAUCUGUCGGCCGCUCAGUGGUCGGCUCUGGCCUUCAUCUUACUGUCGUCAGCAAAACAUCUGGACGUGUUUGACCUGAAGAAAUACUCGGCCUCGGAGGAACCUCUUACUCGGCUGCUGCCGGUGGUCAAAGCCUCUCACAAAGCUCUCCUGAGUGGCUGUAACCUGACGGAGAGAAGCUGUGAAGCUCUGGCCUCGGUCCUCAGCUGCCAGUCGUCCAGUCUGAGAGUCCUGGACCUGAGCAACAACGACCUGCAGGACCUGGGCCUGGAGCUGCUGUCUGUUGGACUCAGGAGUCCACACUGUGAACUGGAGAUUCUCAGCCUGAGCGGCUGUAACCUGACGGAGAGAAGCUGUGAAACUCUGGCCUCGGUCAUCAGCUGCCAGUCAUCAUGUCUGAGAGACCUGGACCUCAGCAACAACCACCUGCAGGACUCGGGCCUGGAGCUGCUGUCUGCCGGACUCAGGAGUCCACAAUGUGGACUGGAAACUCUCCGGGUGGAGCCUGACGGAGUCCGAUGGCUGAGACCAGGUCUGAAGAAGUAUUCCUGUGAACUCACACUCGACACAGACACAGUGAACAAGAACCUCAUCCUGUCCGACGACCACAGGAAGGUGACUUACGAGGAUGAGAUUCAGCUGUAUCCCGACGGUCCGGACAGAUUCGACCACCGGUUUCAGCUGCUGUGCAGCAACGCUCUGACCGGCCGCUGCUACUGGGAGGUGGACUGGAGCGGCAUGGUCAACGUAGCGGUGAGUUACAGAGGAAUCGCACGCAAAGGAGACAAAUUGGACUGUUGGUUUGGACGGAAUAAUCAGUCCUGGAGUCUGUACGGCUCCGACGUUCAUGGCUGCACCAUCACUCACGACGGCAGUCCGAUCUGCUCCGAGGGUUCUUAUCUUGCGUAUCACAACAACGAGGUCACAACUAGCUCCACCUCUGACCCAGUGUCCAACAGAGUGGCCGUGUAUGUGGACGUCCCCGCCGGCACUCUGUCAUUCUUCGCCGUCUCCUCCGACACACUGAUCCACCUCCACACCUUCAACACUGUAUUCACUGAACCUCUGUAUGCUGGGUUCGGGUUCUGGUACUGGUCUGGUGGCUACGUCUCGCUGCCUCCAGCGUAGCGCACACACACCGAUUGUGGCUGGUUCAAGACGUCGUAGCAUGAAAACAGAGCCACAUGCAGCGAUGCUGCCAACCUCAGUCAAGUGGUUGCUGGAUUUAGUUUGGUGUCGAUAGGCCAAGUAAAAACGCAGAAUCUGUCAAAGCUCUUACCAAGCAUAAAAGUGCCUGUGAUGGAGCCUGCUAGCUCGAGCUCGCUGGCUCCAGCCUUCUAUGCACAUAGUUUGAUAUUGUCUCAAUUUGACCUUUUAUACCUUAUAUUUGGGAAUUUUCCACAUAAAGUGACAUAGCAAGUAAUUUUUUUCUUCUUUUUUUUUUUACAAAUUGUUACAAGGCAAUUGCUGUUUACAUCAGCAGCCCCUGUAUUAACAUUAAUACACACAUUUCGAUGAAUAUUUUGACCAGUAUAUUUACACACUGUGUUUACAGGUAUUUUCAUAAUAAAAGCAUGACUAUUCUGCUCAAACUUAAA